AUGUGGAAAUCGAAGAAAAUACUUAUUUUCCUACUGAUAGUCGUGUGUGAAACACGUGCGAAAUCUGUUUUCGAAAUCUCUCAUUAUGAAUACGGUACGUCUUCGAAUUCUAGCGUAUUGUCAGUUAUCCACAUGGAGGUUAUUCCUUCGUUUAUGGCUUUACAUCGGGUUAAAUUAACCUCCCAGAGUCCGCUUUCCAAAACAAUAACUCAUCUCAUCGUAGAGUAUAUAAGCCUGAUAUCGAAACUAUCAAUCGAGUUCGACCAGCGUGAGUCUGUUUUGGUUUUCCACGUACAGUUUCCGUUUGUACCCAUUCCGUUUGGCGUCGUCGGGUUCUCAUCUUUGUACGACGAGGGGCACUCUCCGCUAUACCCGUGGAAGAAUCAGUAUGAUGCUUAUAAAGAUGUGAUACAGCAAUUUCUGGUAGCAAAUGUUGACAACUAG